AUGGACUUCCCGCCCAAAACCUGGAUAACCACGGUCUGUCGAACCCAAGCGGCAUGUCUGGUGUGCACUCUCUGCUACCGUAUCUCACCCGUGGCGCUGUCGAAAUGUAGUGGCUGCAAACGCGUUGUUUACUGUAGCAAGACUUGCCAGAGCCAAGAUUGGAAGGAACACAAGUCGAUAUGUAAAAAGCUGGCCAAGGUCAAUGCCUACGAUGCGGCCAAGGGCCACACUCUGUCGGAUCUCAGCCAGCGGUUUGAGUAUUUCAUCGCAGAACAGGAAGCCCGCGCCAGGAUCGAUCUGACUGGAUCUCCCUACCAGCAUCCUCUGGUUGGGAUGGGAGUCAAAUGCCAAGUCUGCUUUCGGACGCCGUUUCACGAUUCCGAACACACCUUCAGCCCAUGUGAGGAUUGUAAACUGGCCUGGUGGUGCUCCCCCAAGUGCCGAAAGCUCUUCAAGCAGUACCACUCCCCGGAUCAGUGUGCGACCCUGAACACCGUUCGGGCAACAGACACUGUCCGGAUCGCGUAUGCUUUGUCUCGCCAGUCAAUUCGAAGCAUGAUGCUCUGCACGUACAACCCACAAAAACGGCACACUCCGAUCGCGAGACUGAAGGGCUGGGACGACUACUUCACCGACAUCAUGCCCGAAUUCGACAUCCAUGCGCGCCAUGUCGCUGCUGAGUUUACUGCUGUCCACCCAGACGCGAUUCGUGCCGUCAAAUUACUCGCAAUCGAAAGUGCUAGUAUUGCACUCACGCUCUUGGCCGCUCUGGAGAAGACGAUCCCUGAUGUUGGCUACAGGAGCCGCACAACCCUUUGCAUCCACAUCAUCGGCGCUGGGAGUCGGGAAACAUUGUGCCAGGGAAUAAUGGAGGAAAUCAUGCAUUAUCUUCCCAAUCUGCGAACGCUCACGGUUGCCUAUGUCGGCCCGGCCCUCCCGCCUAAUGCAGACGACUCAGACACGCGCAACGUUGUUUGCGAGAGCUGCAUUCCUCUGGGACGCCGACGUUUCGCGAUCCGGAGGCAUAUGCUCUACCAUGACUUUGUCCAGUCAGAGACAUAUAAAUCUCACCCGCCUGACCUUGUCGCGGGAUUCAACACUGGGAUGGGCGAGGUGGAGUCCGACCUGUGGAAACCCUCUAUCCAGUACAUUUUGGAUAGUAACAUUCCGGCCGUGUUUACCUCGUAUUCGCGUUGGGAAGGCCUUAACGACGCACUGUUCUUGACGGGUCUUCACGCUUACUUUGUUCUGCCUGUGCACAAAAACAUCUGGUGCGGACUGCUCCCCAACCCCUCCGAAGUUAGCGAGCACUACGGGGCAGAACACUUUGUAAACCAUUUCUGGCAGGUCAUCCAAGGCACGACUACUAGCUAG